AAACGAAAGCGUCGCUGACUGUGUUGGGUUUCCGAGCUCCUAUCGCCCGUUCCUACCAUCAAUACCCCGAGGUCCAACCCCAUAUUCACGGACCCCGCAGAGUACAUACUACCUAGGUGCAUACAAGACUUCUUCGUCUCGUCGAGUACUUCCAUACUUUCAACCAACCAAGCUCUUGAUAUCUAGUACCUUCGGUAGGUAGGUACCUUCAAGGAACUACUGUAUGCCCAAUAUUUACGGAGUAUACGGGGUAUAUAUAUCAGACCGAUGAACGGAUGACCGACCUUGUCUUACUCUACCUAUUGAGCCAAUUCUCGCCAUGACCUCCUCAUCGUCUCCAUCUAUCUCGGUCGCCGUCUCCCCCCUCCGCCGACCACCUUCAUUCAACUUCGCCAGCGACGUCGUCGACCACUGGGCCCGCCAUGACCCGUCCCAAAUCGCAUUAUACUGGACCGACCAAUCCUUGAGGGCGACCCGGAAAUUGACCUAUGCUCACUUCUCGCGGCAAUCGCACCGCGUCGCCACACUUUUGUGCACAACCCUAAACAUCAAGCAAGGCGAGACGGUCAUUCUGAUCGCGCCCCGGAUCCCGGAGUGGUGGGAAAUCGCCACAGCGUGCCUCAGGUCGGGACUGGUGCUGUGUCCGUGCACGACGCUGCUCGUGGCCAAGGAUAUCGAGUAUCGCUUGCAGAUCAGCCAUGCCGCCGUCUUUAUUGGGGAUGAGAUUGCGGUAGAGAAAUGUCAAAGUGUGCGGGCGCGAUGUCCGCAACUGCGCUGUGUGAUUCAGAUCGGUGGCAGCAGCGGCGGCGGAUCAACCUCGACCACGACCACUAGUACUGCCGGCGAUGGUACUGGGGUUGGUGUUGCCAGGGAUGCCGUUGUCCACUUCCACGACGCCUUGUCCAGAAUUCCCGACGACGCCCACUUUACGGUUCCUGCCUCACUGACGCCGACAUCACCGGCCCUCACAUUCUUCACGUCCGGCACGACGGGUCCGCCCAAGAUGGUCCUGCACACGCAGAUCUCGUACCCUCUCGCGCACGCGCUGACGGGGAUGCACUGGCUCCGAUUGACGUCCCAAAAUGUGUAUUGGAACCUGUCGGAACAGGGCUGGGCCAAAGCGGCGUGGGCGCUGUUCGCGGCCUGGAACUGUGGGGCGAGCUUGUUCGUGCACGACGACAGAUUGCCCUUUGCGCCGCGCCGGACGAUUGAGGUGCUGAAUAGGUUUCCGAUCACGACGCUGUGCGCGCCGCCGACCGUGUACAGACAGCUCGUCAUGGAGGAGAAUCGACGGAUUUUUGCGAACCAAAGGCCCCGCGCGCUCACGCAUUGUUGCGGCGCGGGCGAGCCGUUGAACCGGAGCGUCAUUGAGAUUUGGAAACGCAUGACCACGACCACCCGCGGGAAGACCCAGGGUAUGGGUAUAGAGAUCUGGGAUGCGUACGGGCAGACCGAAACGAUUGUCGUGUGUGCGAAUCAGGCGGCGCACCCUGUCAGACCGGGGAGUAUGGGUAAACCGAUCCCCGGUGUGCCGUUGGUCGUGCUUGAUGCGGAUGGGAAUGUGGCGGGGGAUGGCGAGGAGGGUGAUAUUGCGAUUGAAAUGAACAUGAACACCGCGGGAGGAGGAGGUGGAGAUGGACGAGCCGAUGGAAAGGCAGAUACUGGAAAGAGACAGGAAUUGGACUUCUUCGGUAUGUUCGAAGGAUAUAUCGACAAGACAAGCGGCAAAAUCGAUAACAAGAUCACCACGUUCGGCAACGGUAAGAGGUUUUACAUCACCGGCGACCGCGCGACGAGAGAUGAAGACGGGUAUUUCUGGUUCGUCGGUCGGAGCGACGACGUGAUCAAUUCCAGCGGGUACAGGAUAGGUCCCUUCGAAGUCGAAUCAACUCUUAAAAUGCACCCCGCAGUUGUCGAGUCGGCCGUCGUCGCAUCGCCGGACGCCCAGCGCGACGAAGUGGUCAAGGCCUUUAUCGUGCUGACCGAGUCGGCGGCGGCGCAGCUCGUCAAGAACGAGGAUCCGACAACACGAAAGCCACAGGUCCCGAAGGACGGAAAAACAGAACGAGGAGAGGCCUUGGUCGAAGAAUUGCAGGACUUUUGUAAGCGCAACGCCGCGCCUUACAAGUAUCCGCGGAAAAUCGAGUUUGUCGAGGCAAGUUUCCUGCCCAAGACAAUCAGUGGGAAAAUCAAGCGGGCUGAGUUGAAGGCUUUGGAGAGGAGGAGAUAUAAAGAGGCAUCGGGGCCGAAGUUGUAGAGUAUGAUACCUCCCCCGUACUUACGUGCCUCCGUUCUUCCGUGCACCAGACAGUUCAGUGAGUGAGUCAAGUUGCUGGCUUCGGGAUGUACUGUAAGGUACAGAGGUCACUAAAUGUAUAGAGUUCUGUGUAGGUAAGUUAGUGAGGGUGGGUGGAGGGUGGUUCGAAGGGUGGACGAAGAUGACAUAAUCCUUA